UUUGACGCAGGCGCCCCGGAUAAAAACAUCCUUUCAAGUUUUCUGGCCACAGCGACCGUUAGUGACGCUGAGCAAACCGCCCAGACGGUCCACCUGUUCAAAUAUCUUCUUCUUUGGGAGAUAUAAAAAAAUAGAAUUCUAAAUAAGCUUCAAUUUGAGCAGCAAUGGUCGAAGGAGACAACAAGAGCGCCAACAUGCUGGCACAGGAAACAGCGCAGCUGGAGGAGCAACUUCAGGUGUGGGGUGAGGUGAUCCUGGCUGGGGAUCGUGUCCUGCACUGGGAGAAGCCGUGGUUUCCUGGAGCGCUCUUGGGCGCCACCACCGCGCUUUUUCUGCUUAUUUACUACCUGGACCCGUCGGUACUGACGGGCGUGUCGAGUGCUGUCAUGAUGCUGUGCUUGGCCGACUACCUGGUACCCAAGCUGGCGCCCAAAGUCUUUGGCUCUAACAAGUGGACCACAGAGCAGCAGCAGCGCUUCCACGAGAUCUGCGGCAACAUGGUGAAGACUCAGCGUCGUGUGCUGGGCUGGUCGCGCCGUCUGUGCACGCUCAAGGAGGAGAAACCAAAGAUGUACUUUACAUCAGUGAUCAGCGGCUUGUUGGCGGUGGCCUGGAUCGGGCAGCAAGUGCACAACCUCUUGCUCACCUACCUGAUAGUGAGUUUGAUGCUGCUGCUGCCAGGUCUCAACCAGCACGGUGUCCUGUCCAAGUACGCCGCCAUGGCCAAGAGAGAAAUCAACAAGCUGAUUAAGAACAAGGAGAAGAAGAACGAGUAGACGCACAAUGCAAACCACACUUAUUGCACACACACACACACACACACACACACACACGACAGAUACUACUGACUUGUGGACUUGCGGCGUUGUGACCGCACACUUGUAGUCAUCAUUUGUCUGACCAUGUAGCUCCUCCUCAUCAUCGUCGUCUUUCAUCUCCGUCAACUGGAUAGCAAGCAGCAAAAUUGCAAGUAAUAUAAAACACACCCCAGCCUGCUGCACGCUGAACUCUGACUUUGCCUCUUCCUCUGCUGUCAUGUAAAUAGACCCGUCCCUCUCAGAUGUGUUUGUGUUCUGUCGUAAAUCUUUACAAUGUGACUAAAGUUGACUUCAAACCUCA